GAUUGUCAGUUGUCAGUGAUAAAAAAGGAAUCAAUAUCUUGUAAAUAAAUUAAAAGCAAGUUAAUAAAAAAACAAAAACAGUAAUAAUAAUUAUCUUUAUUUCUUAUUACUGAAAAGUGUAAGUGUACCAUGCGAUCAAGGUUUUGUUUAAAAUCCUGUGCUUUACAACUAUAUUAUUGAGCGUAAUUGUCAAUAAUAUUAGAAGAAUAAUGUUAACUAAAAUUUUGAAACUGUCUUCUUAAAUAAUGAAACAUCUGUUAAAUUGUGUUCUGGUUUGUAAUGAAAUGUAAAUGAAAAUGGAUUUCAGUUCUCUAAAUCCUACAACUUCAAAUGCGCUAAAUUUAGCAGCAAGAAGCAAUGAUGUGGAAAAAGUUAAAAGACUACUUAAAACAAUCAACCCUAACUGCGUUGAUAACAGAGGGUGGACUUGUUUGCACGAGGCUGCAGCUGCAGAUAGCUAUGAGAGCCUUUUGGUUAUCUUAAAUCAUCCUGACUGUCGGCACUUGGCUGAAGACCAUGAAGGCUGUACAGCACUUCAAGUUGCUUGCAGUAAUGGUGCAUCUAUAAGAACUAUUAAGGCAGUCUUAGAUCAUGCACCAGAUAUAGCAAAUUAUGGAACAUAUGAAAAUGUAACACCAUUACAUAUUGCAAGUUGCCAAGGCAAUUUAGAUUUAGUACAGUUACUCAUAGACUAUGGUGCUAUACUAGAUGUGCAGGACUUUGAUGGGCACACAGCAUUACAUGGUGCUGUAUUAGCUAAACAGCCUGAAGCUGUGAAAAUAUUGCUAUGUGCAGGGGCUGAUCCUGAAAUCCGGGAUGAAUCUGACUUCACAGCAUUUCAUUUUGCUUGCUACAAAGGUUGCCUAGAAUCAGUGAAGGCGUUGUUGCCAUAUGUAAAUAAUAUAAAUCAAGUAUCAAUCAAUGGGGAUAGUCCAUUAAUGCUGGCAGUGAUAGGUGUUUGUGAUGACGUAGUUUCAUAUUUAAUUGAAGUUGGAGCAGACAUACAUGUUAAAGAUGUUGAUGAUGAUAUGGCAUUAAACAUUGCAUUAAAGAGUGGGCACACUUCUAUAUUUAAACAGCUUCUGCUUGCAACUGAUAGAGAUAAAAUUAAUAAUGAUAUUAUACUUUACGCAUGUAAGCCACAUUACUUGAAGGUUGAUAUUCUUGAAACUUUGCUAACAUUUGACUUGGGUCCAAAGUUCUUUGAUUUAGUAGAGCCCUUUCAUGUGGUGCUAGAGAAGAUAGGUAAUAUAAGGCCAACCUACCUCACCACUGCACCUCUGAAUUCAUACUUAAAUAUAUGCGAAUAUAUUUAUCAAAUGUCACCAAAAAGAUUUGAAGAAUAUUUUUACAUAUUUCUCGCAAACGGUGUUUCAGUCAAUGCAAUAAAUAUAAACGAAUGCCCGCCACUUGUCUAUAUACAUUAUUCAACACAUUCGACUUGUUUUUCAGAGGUAUUCAAUAUACUCUGUGGCCAUGGUUGCAAUGUUGAUUAUUGUACUACCGCAUUACCAUCAAGCAAGGAAUGGUGUAUUCCUGAUGCAUUCGUAGCAUCGCUCACUUCAAAUCCUAGUACAAUACCAGUAAUGUUGCCAUAUAGUUUGGCCUGUGAACCUGAUUUUCUUUUAAAAUUUUCCUAUCAAAAUAAUAUACUGCCAAGAAUACCAUUACAGGUGCAAGAGUACUUACUUGUAUUGAUCGGUGUGGAUUUGGACAAAACUACGGCUGAAACAUUGUCAUAUACUGUACUACCAUUGAAGCAUUUAUCCAGAGUAAAAGUUAGACAGUCGUUAAGAUAUCAAUUGGGUAACAAAAUAUCAAGUCAAUGUUACCUUCAACUUCUUAACACUUUAAAAGUACCACAAAUUAUUAAAAAUUAUUUACGUUACAAAUAAUUUUAAAAUGAUCAUUAUUGUUUAUGUUAUUUAUUUUUUUAAGUGAGUGUGAUAUGA